AAGCACAAGCGCGCGAAGCGCGCGCUUAGGGCCUCGCGUUCAUUAAGGGCCUCCACAAAAUAGUCAUAUCGAAUAUUUUAAGCCCCGUUAUGUUUCCCUCUUGUUGCAAAAAAAAACCGGUACGAUCCGUACCGGGUACCGCACGGAUUAAUUAUCCAGACUCCAGAGUAAUUUUACCUGUUACUUGUUUACAGUUACACCUUAUUUGCAUUUUAUGAUUCGUCAAGCUUUUGUUCUUUUCGUAUUUGAGGAUGCCCGUUGCAUUGGUAUGAUGUCGUAGAAAUUUGCGCUUUUCAGUUUACUCUGCAGUCUCAAGUCUGAAGUCUGUCUGCUUAGUCAGCUACAUCUAACAAGCGAUUGUGCGAGAACUGUUUUUAAGUCAGUUGCUUUUGCAUUCGUGUAACGUGUUGUGUUAAUACAGUGAAGUUAAGUUAAAAUAAACGUUGUUACUUGUUAGGUUAUUUAAGUUUACUUAUACUACAGAAAAGUUAUUGUGUGAAGGAAUACGUAACCAACUAUCUAUGUUGAAGAUGAAGAGAAAAUUUGAAUCUGGAGCUGAAAAACGAAAAAAAUUGAAAGCUAAGCAGCAAUGUGCGGAGAAAUUACGAGGAUCCCUGUCAAAUUUUUUAAUUUCCGAUACCGAUACGGCAUGUUCUUCCUCCUCAUCAAUGCUCCCCGUUACGCGCGAGUGUGAGAUUAAUGUAAAUGACACAGUGGAAGCGACGAGUGAAUGUUUGACGGUUUCUUCGGAAGCAUCUGUUCAAGAAUUCCCGUUGCAAAGAAAUGAUGUUCCGGUUCCUUCUGUAGAGACACAAAGCUCCAGUUGUGUAAAUUUUCCUUUAGAUAUUGCUUUAUGGCCAUCGCAUAUAUCUGAUGAUAAAAUCAUUGACUAUUUAAUCGAUAACAAACCACAAAAUAUUGGUGACGUAGGUUUGCUAAAGUCAGAAUUUGUGGAUCGUAAUAGAAAAUACAGUCGAAGCUUCUGUACCUCCAAUUUUUACACCACAAAGGCAAACGGUACCAAGGAAUUUAGAGAAUGGCUGAGAUUUUCUACAACUAGCAAGUGUGUUUACUGCUACGUGUGCAAAUUAUUCUCUCAUUCAGAAAACAAACUUAAAGACGGGUAUAACGAUUGGCGAAAUGUGAAUAAGGCACUAAAGGAACAUGAGAGUUCCUUAGAUCAUGUUCGUUCCAUCUUGGCGUUUAAGAGAAGAUCGUCGGCACUAGGACGUGUUGAUAGUAAUAUGGUCAAACAGCUAGAAGAGCAGCAACAAUAUUGGAGGGAAGUUUUAAAACGAAUUAUAGCUACUGUCAAAUUGCUAUCAACCCUGGGCCUAGCGUUUCGAGGCCAUCGAGAAACAAAUGAAGAUAGAAAAGGAAAUUUUUUGACCUGCAUCGAUUACUUAGCGGAAUUCGAUCCAUUUCUUAAGGCUCACUUGCAAAAAUAUAGUAACCCUGGUAGCGGCCAUGUGAAUUAUUUAUCUCAUGCAGUGUGUGACGAAUUUAUAAACAUUAUGGGCUCCGAGGUGAAACAAAAGUUGAUUUCAGACGUGAAAAAUGCUACGUAUUUCGCUAUAAUUGUAGAUUCUACACCAGACAUUACACAUACAGACCAGUUAACCCUUAUUCUCCGAUUCGUGGACGAGAAAGGUAAAAUUCGUGAAAGGUUUUUUGGAUUUUUAGAAAUCGAACAGCACGAUUCCAGUUAUUUAGAGAACGUCAUUUUGUCAGCACUUAGUAGCCUUACGCUAAGUAUUACACAAUGCAGAGGUCAGUCUUAUGACAACGCCGCAAAUAUGUCGGGCAAAUACUCAGGUUUGCAAACGCGGAUAAAAAGUCACUGUCCAUCUGCCGUGUUUGUUCCAUGUGCCAGCCAUUCCCUUAAUUUAGUAGGAAAUGCGGCUGCUGAAUCGUGCCCAAAAGCUGUGCAAUAUUUUGCGUUCGUUCAAAAUGUUUAUACAUUUUUCGCUUCUUCGACACGCCGCUGGAAUGAACUAUUAAACUGUUUGAAUAAUCAGAAUAAUGGUAGUCGAUCCAUUCAUUUAAAACGAUUAUCUGAUACAAGGUGGUCAGCAAGAGCAGACGCUGUUUCUGCGUUACGGUUCGGCUACAAAUCCAUUAAAGAGGUUUUGUUUAGAUUUAGCGAAAGUGCAAAAGAGAAGGCUGUGACCCGUUUGGAGGCUAAAACACUUUAUAAAAAUUUUGAUAAUUAUGAAUAUGCCUUGAUGACUAUCCUGUGGGAUCAAUUACUUUCGCGUAUAAAUAGCACUAGCAAAUCUCUUCAAAAGGAGGACAUAAACAUUUUACAAGGAGCUAAACUACUAAAAUCCUUGUCUAAUUACAUUUUAGAUAUCCGAACAUGUGGGUUUGAAGAUAUCGAACAAUGUGCCGAUUUAUUAACGGAGAAUCAUGUAUUUCCUGAUGAAGAUACUGAUCGUCGUGUAAAAAAACGUAAAUUGCAAUUUGACGAGUCAAGAACUAAUGAUACGUGUUUAGUGGGCAGACAAGGUUUUAUUGUGACAGUGCAUAAUGUCGUGUGUGAUGUUCUUAUCGCUGAAAUAAAUAGAAGAUCAACGGCAUAUAACGAAGUCCUUGCAGAUUUUAGCGUGUUCUUCGAACAAAACAUGGAUAAAGAAGAUUUUGAAACUAGAGUACGUAAUUUGAUGACACGUUAUUCUGAAGAUAUCGACGUCGAAAACUUUAAAGAAGAGCUAAAACAAUUUCUUAAAUACACCUGGGAGGAAAAAAUUACAGAUCCAAGACUAAUGUACGAAGCAAUAGUAGAUGGUCUAAAGUCAACUUUUCCUAACGUGGAGACAAUUUUAAAGAUUUUUUUAACUAUCCCUAUUUGUAAUGCAACGGGCGAAAGAUCCUUCUCAACCCUAAAAAGGGUAAAAAAUUAUUUGCGCAAUUCAUUAAGUCAGCAACAUUUGAGUAGCUUGUCUCUUAUGUUUAUUGAAAAUGAUGUUGUUCAAAACUUAGAUUAUAACAAUAUUAUAGACAAGUUUGCUAGAGAAAAAGCCCGAAAAGUGUCGUUAUAAUAUAAUAACUACGUGUAAUUAAAUUUAAAUUAGGUUGUUUUCUUAUUUUAAAUUUAAUAAAUUUUUUUUAUCUGAUGUUUUGUAUUUACCCUAAACUAUAGGGCCUUCUCACUAACAUGCGCUUUGGGCCUCAACAAAGAUAAAUCCGCCACUUAAUCCUCGUUCCAAAAGGAAGUUUUCUAAAUCCAUAUUUAACUUUUCAGUGUAGUGUCUUUUAUAACGCCAAG